AUGACGUGGCUCCUGAAGACGGUCCCGACACAAUUCCAGAGGGGAUGCCCCUCGGCGGAUCGAUAUGAAGUAGCCUGUAAGAAGACGCCUUGCUUGGCUUGUUUACGACAUUCCGGGGUCAUGAGACCACGUCGCCCCCAAGCGCGAUCUUCCUCGCAUUCAUUGCUCGCAACAUGGCGUCUGCUCUCCAUCACAAUCAGACCAAUAUACACGGAAGACUCAGCUUCCCAAGAGUAUAAAGCUACACGGGGCUUUCUCGGCCACGUUUCGCCCUCUGCGUCCGCGCAACACGAUGCUGGCGAUCCUGCUUGUCAGUGGCCUGCUCCUACGGCAAACCGUUCUAGCUCGAAAAUCCUCCAACCUUGA